UCUGUCCACGUUCUAAACAAAUUCAUUAGUUCUCUGUCAUUAAUUAUCUAAUAUGUUAAAAGGUUUUCUCUUUUUUUCUUCGCUCUUAUAAUUAGCUUCUUUCUUCUCUUCACAUUCUUUUCUAAAUCUCAGGAUCAACAUCAGUGGCGAAUUUAGAAUUUUUUCAGUCCGGACUUAACUUUUAAUUUACCUUUUACAUUUUGAUGGUCCGUACUUGACCUUCUUCUAGUCCCAAAUUCACUACAAACCGUGCUUCUUUUAAAAAAAAAAAAACUGUCGUGAACCGGGGCUCGAGUCUACCCUAGUCUUUGGGUAGUUCUAAUUCCGCCCCCUUGAUCAACAUGACGUCUCGUUUACUAUGUUUGUUCGUUUUCUGUGUAGCUCUUCAUGCUUCUUCUUUGGCUUCUGCUGCAAUUGUGGAACACUCAUUUCAUGUGCAAAAUUUAACUCUCCGGCGACUGUGCAAUGAACAAGUGAUAACUGCAAUGAACGGAAGUCUCCCUGGCCCGACUCUACGCGUUCGAGAGGGCGAUACUCUUAUAGUUCAUGUGCAUAAUAAGUCACCCUACAAUAUCACUAUACAUUGGCAUGGAAUAUUUCAACUUCUUAGUGGGUGGGCAGAUGGACCUAGUAUGGUAACCCAAUGCCCCAUAAUCCCUGGAAAUAGGUUCACUUACAAAUUUAAAGUCAUAAAACAAGAGGGUACCUUAUGGUGGCAUGCCCAUGUCUCUACCCUUCGAGCCACCGUCUAUGGUGCUCUUAUUAUCCGUCCAAAACGAUCCUUUUCGUACCCGUUUCCCAAACCCGACAAAGAAGUCCCCAUUUUAUUAGGAGAGUGGUGGAAUGCUAACAUUCUUGAUGUCGAAAAUGAGGCACUUGCCAGCGGUGGUGCACCCAACAAUUCAGAUGCUUACACCAUAAAUGGAUGGCCCGGUGAUCUCUACAAUUGCUCUCAGAAACAGAUGUACAAGCUUAAGGUAGAGAAAGGCAAAACCUAUCUCCUGCGAAUAAUCAACGCUGCACUCAAUAAUCAGCUCUUCUUUAAAGUAGCCAAUCACAACAUGACAGUUGUCGCCGUCGACGCUGCCUACACUAACCCUUACGUCACCGACGUCGUCGUCACCGGUCCGGGAAUGACGACGGACGUUCUUCUAAAGGCCGAUCAGCCAGUAGGGUCUUAUUACAUGGCUGCAAGUCCAUAUGCUAGUGCUGCGGGCGUGCCGUUUGAUAACACAACCACAAGAGGCGUACUUGCUUAUCAAGGCGGCUCCGCGGUGGCGACACCCAUCAUGCCUGUAAUGCCGGCCACCAAUGACACACUCACAGCUCAUGGAUUCUACAGCAACCUCACUGGGCUAGCGGGUGGGCCACACUGGGUUCCGGUGCCACGUCAAAUUGAUGAGCAAAUGUAUGUGACCGUAGGGCUUGGACUAGCUCCCUGUGGAGGACAAGGUAACAAUGCUAGUUGUCAAGGACCAAAUGGACAGAGAUUAUCAGCUAGCAUGAACAAUCAUUCAUUUGAGUUCCCUACAAGUUUAUCAAUGUUACAAGCAUUCUUUUUCAACAUUAGUGGGAUUUAUAAACCUAAUUUCCCCAAUAAGCCUCCGGUCAAAUUUGAUUAUACAAAUGGUAACGUAAGCAACGACUUGUCGUUGCUUUUCGCUCCGAAAUCGACGAGUGUGAAAGUGUUAAAGUACAACACGACGGUGCAAAUGGUGUUGCAGAACACGGCGUUGAUCGGGGUGGAGAAUCAUCCUAUUCAUCUUCAUGGGUUCAAUUUUUAUGUGUUGGCUCAAGGAUUUGGAAACUAUGAUGAUGUUAAGAGCUCUACAAAGCUUAAUCUUGUUAAUCCUCAAGUACGAAAUACUAUUGGAGUGCCUGUUGGAGGAUGGGCGGUUGUUAGAUUCAUUGCCAAUAAUCCAGGUGUAUGGUUUAUGCAUUGUCAUCUUGAUGUGCAUUUGCCGUGGGGACUAGCAACGGCUUUUAUAGUACAGAAUGGACCGACUCCUGGGUCUACCUUGCCACCUCCACCCGCCGAUUUACCUCAGUGUUAGAUCUCCAUAUGAAAAUCAAUUCGAGUAGUGCUGGAUUCUUUUGUAUAAGUUUGUAUUAAUUUCACAUAUAUUUCUGCAGUAUUGUUGUAAUUCAAUUAUGUAAUUUUUAGUACUAUAGGGGUAGUCUAUACUUUUGUUAAAGAAUUAAAUUAAAGUUCC